CCGACGGCGCUGUUUUUAAAACGAUGCUUCAACUUGAAGAACUCCAUUAUUUGAAGUUGAAACUGAGAUAGCAAUGGCAAAUUGCAUACAGUGAGCAGUAAGCAGAUGAGAAGACAGACAGUAUCAAAGUUACCCGCCAAAGUCAAGGCUGCGUUUUACCUACUCACAGCCAGCGGCCUCUGUUAUCAAGCUGCGUCCCAUUCCAAUUUUGUCCCCUUCUCCCCUGACUCUUCCGUUUUCCAAGGCCUUCUUCGCUCUUCUCGUGCAAUCUUCACUAUUGCAGUCACCGUUUCUGACUACAAGUAUUCUCUGUAUGGGCUGCCAAAGUACUGUGAUGAAUAUCGUCUUCUAUUAUCUGAGGUUCAUUUGCGCUCAGCUAAGAGAAUGCUGAAGUUAUGUGAAAUGAAUAAAGGUUUUUAUUUGAAAGCCGGUCAAUUUGUUGCUUCCCUGCGUCAGGUCCCAAAAGAAUACUCAUCGACCCUUUCUUCGUUGCAGGAUCAGGCAGUUCCUUGUGAUUUUAAGAUCAUAAAAGAAACAAUAAUCAGCAAUCUUGGUCAGGAUCUGUCUGAGAUUUUCAUUUGGUUUAAUGAACAACCAAUAGCUGCUGCGUCCAUUGCUCAAGUGCAUCAUGCAAUGUUGAAAGACCAUCAAGAAGUAGCAAUUAAGGUGCAAUACCCGGGAUUAGAGAAGAAAAUGAAGUUAGACACAAGAAUAAUGCAGUUCGUUUCGAAAUCUGUUGCAUGGUUUUUCCCUGAAUAUAGGUUUGGGUGGCUGGUCUCAGAAUUCACUAAAGCAGUUUCUAUGGAGCUUGAUUUUAUUCAAGAGGCAAGAAACUCUGAGACAAUUGCCAACGGCUUUAAACAGAACAAGAUUGUUAGGGUACCUCAUGUAUUUUGGGAAUUUACGACAAAACAAGUUCUCACAAUGCAGUUUUGCAGUGGCCACAAGGUUGAUGAUGUCGAAUUUCUGAAGGGAAUGAAAAUAGAUCCAGUGAAGGUUGCUAAGGCAUUGGUGGAAGUGUUUGCAGAAAUGAUAUUCAUUCAUGGUUUCUUGCAUGGGGAUCCACACCCUGGUAACAUAUUGGUAUCUCCAGAAGGUCGGGAUGGCUUUUCUCUGGUUCUUCUGGACCAUGGAAUCUGCAAAAAAUUGGAUGAAGAGUUCAGGCUGGAAUAUUGUCAGCUUUGGAAGGCUUUGAUUCUUUUGGACUCAAAAACGAUACAGCAUUUAGGUGAACGUUUUGGUGUUGGGAAGUACUCCAGAUAUUUCCCCAUCAUUUUCACUGGAAGAACGAUUGAUAGUAAACCUGGUCUUGGGAAGGAAAUGUUGGUUGAAGAGAAAAAGAAACUGAAACAAGAUUUAAAGUCUCUAAAGAUGGAGGACUUAUCUUCAUUCAUGGAAUCUCUGCCUUCGGACUUUCUCAUGAUAUUGCGAACAGAUGAAUUACUGAGAUCUAUAAUUAGCAAGCUGGGUGCUUCAAAACGGGUGAGGUUGCAAACCUAUGGCAAAUAUGCCUCACAUGGUCUCUCUCGGCAGUUGAAUCCUUGCUCUGAUUUGACGUUAGUGGUCUUAUAUGCGAGAUUGAUAGGAAAUAUACAAUACAUUCAUCUAAAGCUUGCUCUGGGGGUAAUGGAAUUGGUUUUUUGGAUGGGGAAGUUGAAGCAAUCUCUCAAUAACUUUUAUAAAAAGAUGAGUGGUUCCGGAAAAAGGCCUUUUGACAUUGUUCUUCAACAUUAGAGUGUAGAUUUUUAUUUAUUUAUUUUGUAUUAGGAGAAAGUUGAAGGUGCAAAAAGAGAUUCCUGCUUAGAUCUCAAUUUGCUCAAGGAGGGGUAACAACCGCAGUUUGAAGAUUGGUCGGAGGGAAUAUUGAGCGUUGCACGAUAAUUGUGAAUAUGAAAGGGCAGAAUGGAGGGCAUGGCCAAAGCUAUACGACACAGUCUUGUACCUGUUGUGAAUUUCCUACAAUUCAUUUGUUUGCAAGCAUGUAUGUUUCUCCCUGACAAAGUUCACUACAAAUGAAGAAAUUAUAAUUGAUGAUAAAUUUGAUCUUUGAAGAAAUUAUGUAGAAAAUAAAUCACGAGAUUCAAAACACAGGUUGGCAGUUGGCAGUUGGCAGUGCUGUUAUUUCUGCCUCUGCUUUAGGUUUUUUUUUUUAUGACAUCUUCACUUCUUUUUUUACAUUUAUUUCAUUUUGGUGAAGAUAUAAUUUGUAAUUGAUUUUCAGUCGACAUAUGAUUUGUAAUUUACUAA